AUGAUGUGCACCGGAUUUCCUGGUCCUGGUCUUGAACAUACAACUCCUCGUGUUCUAUUCAAUCCAAUGAGCGAAUAUAUCAAUCGUCAUCAUGAAGAUUAUAUUGAAUCAUCAUUUGAUAAAUUUAAACACACUCAUGGACAUAAAUAUGAAAACGAAGAAGAACAUCGUGAACGUAUGAAAAUCUUUCGACAAAAUGUUCGUUAUAUAAAUACACGUAAUCGUGCAUCAUUGCCAUAUAAAAUGAAAAUAAAUAAAUUUGCUGAUCGAACAGAUGAAGAAUUACGUGUACUUCGUGGUCGUCGUCAUACCAAAGGUUAUAAUGGUGGACUUCCAUUUCCAAAAAAAGAAUUAACUAGUAGUAAUCGUGCUAUACCUGAUUCAAUUGAUUGGCGUAUUAUGGGAGCUGUAACACCAGUUAAAGAUCAAGGUAUUUGUGGAUCAUGUUGGUCAUUUGGUACAACAGGUACUAUUGAAGGCGCUUAUUUUGUUAAAUAUGGAACAUCUAUUCGUUUAUCUGAACAAGAUUUAAUUGAUUGUUCAUGGGGUUUUGGUAAUAAUGGUUGUGAUGGUGGAGAAGAUUUUCGUGCCUAUCAGUAUAUUAUGAAACAUGAUGGUAUUGCUUUAGAAGAUACUUAUGGUCAAUAUUUACAAGAAGAUAGUUUUUGUCAUCAUGAUAAUGUAACAAAAGGUGCAAGAAUUCUUGGAUAUGUUAAUAUAACUGAAGGUGAUGAAGAAGGUUUAAGAAUUGCUAUUGCAACAAAAGGACCAAUAUCAGUUGCUAUUGAUGCUGCUCAUAAAGGUUUUCUAUUUUAUGCUAGCGGAGUCUUUUAUGAUCCUGAUUGUGGUAAUACACCUGACGAUUUAGAUCAUGCAGUGCUUGCUGUUGGCUAUGGCACAUUAUAUGGUGAAGACUAUUGGCUUGUUAAAAAUUCUUGGUCAACUUAUUGGGGUAAUGAUGGUUAUGUAUUGAUGUCUCGUAGAAACAAUAACUGUGGUGUUGCAACAGCAGCAACAUAUGUCAUUGUUCAAUAA